UGUCAAACAACUGUAGCUUCUUUCUCCCACCGGAAUUUUCACUUUCUCUCUCAGAACACAGUCGGGUGAAUCGUCGCGUUUUGCUCCCAAGACUUCCCACGCACCCCAUUUGCGAGGACGCUCGUUCUCGAGAGUCCUCUUCCCCAAGCUCUAUAUCUGCAGCAAUGGGAAUAGUUCUACGUUAAAGUCAACUUUGGUUGCAAUUGUCCCGUAAACAAAACACAGCACCACUUUCCUGCUUAUCUGGCUCUCUACGAGUCUAGCUGCCCACCAUGGCUACCACCUCGCAUAUGUUUAUGUACUCUCUGACAAUCCAGCCGCCUACUGCUGUUACGCAGGCUAUUCUGGGUCAAUUUGCAGGCACCAAGGAGCAGCAGAUUGUCACCGCGUCCGGGUCAAAGCUCACAAUCCAUCGCCCCGAUCCCACGCAGGGCAAAGUCACCCCGCUCUUCUCUCAAGAUGUCUUUGGCAUCAUUCGCUCCCUGGCUGCUUUUCGACUAGCUGGGAGUAACAAAGAUUAUAUCAUCAUUGGCUCGGACUCGGGACGCAUCACUAUCAUUGAGUAUGUGCCUUCCCAGAAUCGGUUCAACCGCAUUCAUCUGGAGACGUUCGGCAAGUCCGGUGUCCGACGUGUGAUCCCCGGCCAGUACUUGGCAGUUGAUCCCAAGGGUAGGGCUUGCCUCAUCGCGUCUGUGGAGAAGAACAAGCUCGUCUAUGUCCUGAAUCGGAACUCGCAGGCCGAGUUGACGAUCUCUUCCCCACUUGAAGCGCACAAGCCACAAACCUUGGUGUUUGCAAUGACGGCAUUGGAUGUCGGGUAUGAAAACCCUAUCUUUGCCGCACUUGAGGUGGAUUACUCGGAGUCGGAUCAGGAUCCCACUGGUCAGGCUUUCGAAGAAGUUGAGAAGCUUCUCGUAUACUACGAACUCGACCUUGGACUGAAUCACGUCGUACGCAAGUGGGCAGACCCUGUUGAUCGCACAUCAAUGAUGCUUUUUCAGGUCCCCGGGGGUGCGGACGGCCCAAGUGGCGUUCUCGUUUGUGCUGAGGACAGUGUCACCUACCGACACUCGAACCAAGAUGCCUUCAGAGUACCAAUUCCCCGACGUAAAGGUCCGACAGAGAACCCCGAACGUAAACGGUAUAUCACAGCCGGCGUUAUGCACAAGAUGAGGGGUGCCUUCUUCUUUCUCCUUCAGACUGAAGAUGGUGAUCUGUUCAAACUCAACAUUGACAUGGUGGAAGACGACAAUGGUCAGCUGACCGGCGAAGUGAAAAGGUUGAAAAUCAAAUACUUUGACACUGUUGCCGUCGCGUCUAGCUUGUUGAUCCUUAAGAGCGGCUUCUUAUAUGUCGCUAGUGAGGCAGGAAAUCAUGACUUUUAUCAAUUUGAAAAGCUCGGUGAUGAUGACGAAGAAGUCGAAUUCAGCAGUGAAUCCUAUUCUGCAGAUCCUUCUGUUCCACUCGAGCCAGCCUAUUUCCAACCACGGGGUGCGGAAAAUCUCAACCUCGUCGAGACGAUCAACUCCCUGAAUCCUUUAAUAGACAGCAAGAUUGCCAAUCUUUCCGAAGAGGAUGCCCCGCAAAUCUAUACUAUCUCUGGCGCUGGAGCUCGUAGCACCUUUAGGACUCUCAAGCACGGCUUAGAAGUCUCAGAAAUUGUUGACUCAGAACUCCCCAGUGUGCCCUCAGCCGUGUGGACCACAAAACUGACCCGGGAGGACGAGUUCGAUGCCUACAUCGUCCUUUCUUUUGCGAAUGGCACUCUUGUGCUCAGCAUUGGCGAGACCGUGGAGGAGGUUACCGAUACUGGCUUUCUGUCCUCCGCCCCUACCCUCGCUGUUCAGCAGCUUGGAGAGGAUUCCUUGAUCCAGAUUCACCCUAGGGGUAUCCGCCAUAUUAUGGUCGACCGUCGAGUGAAUGAGUGGCCUGCUCCUCAGCAUCGUUCCAUUGUGGCAGCCGCAACGAAUGAACGCCAAGUUGCGGUAGCUCUUAGCUCAGGAGAAAUCGUGUACUUCGAAAUGGAUUCUGAUGGAACUCUUGCUGAAUAUGACGAACGGCGCCAGAUGUCCGGUACCGUGACCUGUCUCAGUCUAGGAGAGGUUCCAGAGGGACGUAUGCGGAGCUCGUUCUUGGCUGUAGGGUGUGAUGACUCCACGGUCCGCAUCCUGAGCUUGGAUCCCGACUCCACACUGGAAAACAAAUCAGUUCAGGCUCUUACCGCAGCCCCGUCCGCCUUGAAUAUCAUGUCCAUGUCUGAUUCUAGUUCUGGCGGGACAACACUCUAUCUUCACAUUGGUCUGUACUCUGGUGUCUACCUAAGAACAGUGUUAGAUGAGGUGACCGGUGAGCUUUCGGAUACUCGCACACGUUUCCUGGGCUCUAAGCCCGUUAAGUUGUUCCAGGUCUCGGUCAAAGGGCAAACUGCUGUUCUGGCUUUAAGCUCCCGCCCUUGGCUGGGCUAUUCCGACAUUCAGACCAAAGGCUUCAUGCUUACCCCGUUGGACUAUGUUCCACUUGAAUGGGGCUGGAACUUUUCGAGCGAACAGUGUUUAGAAGGCAUGGUUGGUAUUCAAGGCCAAAACCUCCGGAUUUUUUCCAUUGAGAAGCUUGACAACAACAUGCUACAGCAGUCAAUCCCUCUUUCUUACACUCCUCGCCGUUUCUUAAAGCAUCCCGAGCAACCCCUUUUCUAUGUGAUUGAAGCAGACAACAAUGUUCUGGCACCAUCUACUAGGGCCAAACUCCUGGAGGAUUCCAAGGCACGUACUGGUGAUGAAACAGUGCUACCUCCCGAAGAAUUCGGAUACCCGCGAGCCUCUGGUCAUUGGGCCUCGUGUAUUCAAGUCGUCGACCCUGUGCAUUCAAAGGCUGUUGUUUCGACCAUUGAGCUUGAGGAAAAUGAGGCCGCUGUCAGUAUUGCAGCUGUCCCUUUCACUAGUCAAGACGAUGAGACCUUCCUCGUAGUAGGAACAGCGAAAGAUAUGACUGUCAACCCCCCAUCCUCUGCAGGUGGUUUCAUCCACAUUUAUAGGUUCCAGGAAGAUGGAAGAGAGCUUGAGUUCAUUCACAAAACCAAGGUUGAAGAGCCUCCACUUGCUCUUCUUGGUUUCCAGGGUCGCCUGGUCGCUGGUAUUGGCUCCGUGCUCCGAAUCUAUGACUUGGGAAUGAAGCAGCUUCUCAGAAAAUGUAACGCUCAGGUCGUCCCGAAGACGAUCGUUGGUCUCCAGACACAAGGCAGCAGGAUCGUCGUGAGCGAUGUUCGUGAGAGUGUUACAUAUGUCGUGUACAAAUAUCAGGAGAACGUUUUGAUCCCGUUUGUCGACGAUUCUGUCUCGCGAUGGACGACCUCCACAACUAUGGUGGAUUAUGAAACGGUCGCGGGUGGAGAUAAGUUCGGUAACAUCUGGAUGCUGCGUUGUCCUAAAAAGAUCUCGGAACAGGCUGAUGAGGAUGGAUCGGGCGCGCAUUUGAUCCAUGAACGUGGUUAUCUCCACGGUACACCUAACCGACUGGAGCUGAUGAUCCACGUUUACACUCAGGACAUCCCGACCAGCUUGCACAAGUCCCAGCUUGUAGCCGGUGGCCGAGACAUACUUGUAUGGUCUGGAUUCCAGGGUACCAUUGGAAUGCUGGUACCCUUCAUUAGCCGAGAGGACGUCGACUUCUUCCAGAAUCUGGAGAUGCAGUUGGCAGCACAGAACCCUCCUCUUGCUGGGCGGGACCAUCUCAUUUAUCGAAGUUACUAUGCCCCUGUGAAGGGCGUCAUUGACGGGGACUUAUGUGAGACGUAUUUCUUAUUACCUAAUGAUACCAAGAUGAUGAUUGCUGGGGAACUCGACCGUUCAGUUCGUGAAAUUGAACGGAAGCUUUCAGACAUGCGGACCAGAGUGGCGUACUGAUUUGGGCGGACACGGCGUCUAGCGACUUCUUUUUACUGUUCCAGGGUCCUUAGAUACCCGAUAAUCGAAUGUGAGAUAUCAUGCAUCAUGUACAGCUUGUAUAGUACAAUUCCGGUGCCCUUUCGACUUUGUGUAUUUUCAGUAGAAGUGGGAAAAGGACAGUGUCCUACCUACCGACGUCUCUUUCCUCGCUCGGUCUCCCGCUUCCCUCGGCUGAUCUUGAGCUGGAUACAGCAUGUGCUUUCGGAGUUCAUCCUGUAUGAGACAAGAAAAAGGCUGACGCUCUCGACGAUCUUUGAGUACGAUUCUAUCUGCAUGUCACGGAUAUGAAUCGUAAUUUAUCCGUCGGGACAUUCUCUGUAUGGUUUACAGUAGUCCUUAUUACUACUCAAUGCAAUUACUUUCUUUUUAUCUCUUGUGAACUGUAGAUACAGGCUUAUAGUCUAUCAUGUGGCCCGACAUCUUGGCUUGAGCAACCACUAUGCAUUCCGUCCUACUAUGUAGACUUGUGGAGCCUUGAUAGAAAAUUUGUUAUGUUCGAGAAAGAUCAAUAGUCACGAUGCGGGAUCCACUGGUCUUAAAGGUCGUGUAUAUACAGACUCACGGAGUAUACUAUUUAGUUGGGCUCGAUGAGCAAGACUCGCACUCCCCCCCCCCCCCC